CGCACUUCUUAGUGCCUCUUCCCGUCACGACGACUCACCCACGCACGGGCUGGCACAUUACCCGGUCUCUGUGUGUGUAUAUAAAUUCGCUCUCUGGAAAAAAACGCGCGAGUCUCAAAACGCGUGGUCAUCUUCUCACUUCAAGCUCAUUUCGCUUGCGUGAGAAUCGUUUGUUAGAACUCUGUUCUAUUUCCUCGACGCGAGCCUUGUGCAAGCCAUUCUAUCAAUAUGCGUGAGUGUAUCUCCAUCCACGUUGGACAAGCCGGUGUCCAGAUCGGCAAUGCGUGCUGGGAGCUGUACUGCCUGGAGCACGGCAUCCACCCCGAUGGCGUCAUGCCUUCCGACAAGUCUUAUGGCGGGGGCGACGACUCGUUCAACACAUUCUUCAGCGAGACAGGGGGAGGAAAGCACGUUCCGAGAGCAGUUUUCGUGGAUUUGGAGCCAACUGUUGUAGAUGAGGUUCGAGGCGGGACCUACCGGCGUCUGUUCCACCCCGAGCAGCUGAUCACAGGUAAAGAAGAUGCCGCUAACAACUAUGCCCGAGGACAUUACACCAUUGGGAAGGAGAUCGUGGACCUUGUACUGGACAGAAUCAGGUGUCCACCGCUGUGGUCGAGCCGUACAACUCCAUCCUGACCACCCACACCACCCUGGAGCACUCGGACUGCGCCUUCAUGGUGGACAACGAGGCCAUCUACGACAUCUGCCGCCGUAACCUGGACAUCGAGCGUCCCACCUACACCAACCUCAACCGUCUGAUCGGACAAGUGGUUUCCUCCAUCACAGCCUCUCUCAGAUUUGAUGGAGCCCUGAAUGUGGACCUGACAGAAUUCCAGACCAACUUGGUACCUUACCCUCGAAUCCACUUUCCCCUUGUCACUUAUGCACCUGUUAUUUCUGCUGAGAAGGCAUACCAUGAACAACUUUCUGUUGCUGAGAUCACAAAUGCCUGCUUUGAACCAGCCAACCAGAUGGUCAAGUGCGAUCCACGUCACGGCAAGUACAUGGCUUGUUGUCUGCUCUUCCGCGGAGAUGUAGUGCCCAAGGAUGUCAACGCUGCCAUAGCAACGAUCAAAACAAAGAGGUCUAUCCAGUUCGUGGACUGGUGCCCUACUGGUUUCAAGGUGGGCAUCAACUACCAGCCUCCUACAGCGGUGCCCGGCGGAGACCUGGCUAAGGUUCAGCGGGCUGUGUGCAUGUUGAGCAACACUACAGCUAUCGCUGAAGCCUGGGCCAGACUGGACCACAAGUUUGACCUCAUGUAUGCUAAGAGGGCUUUCGUGCACUGGUACGUGGGUGAGGGCAUGGAAGAGGGCGAGUUUUCCGAGGCCAGAGAGGAUCUGGCUGCCCUGGAGAAGGACUACGAGGAGGUGGGCGUCGACUCGACAGAGGCGGAACUGGACGAGGGAGAGGAAGAAUACUAGACUAGAUAGAAGCCACGUCACUGAGUCGCUGCUUUCGUGAUUGCCGAGCAUGAAUUGAUACCAAAUUAUAUUACCAGGAUUUAAAUAAACGUAAAGCAACUACUCUUUGAGUUUGAGUGAAGAGAGGCACAUCGAUACGAUAACAAACGUGGCAUUCAGUGCAAGGAAAAAGGAAGACAGAUUGUGGGCAAGAACAAUUACUACGGGCAAGAAAAUCACAAUCAUGUAGAUGUAAUAGCAAUAUACCCUUGGUGCCACAUCACUGUUUUUGUGAUAAGUGGAGAUUAAUUAGUACCAAAUAUGAGACUAUGUAAUGUUGAUGCUUGUGUACAUGAGCGUGUGUAUGUUCUUGAGAAAGAGACAGACUGGAGCUAAGAGCAAUUAUAAAUGAUACAAAAAACAGCCUUUAAAAUAUGAUGCCAGAUGUACCGGUAGUGAAAUAAAGUGGCUGGCGCAGGGAAGCAUUUUAUUCUGUCCCAUGAUACCCAUACACAGACUGAUGCAAAAUAGUCCGUUUUUCAGUCUGUAUUUUUAUAGUCCCCGAUCACAAAAAGGAUGUUGAAUAAAAUCAACACUGAUACAUGUAUCACACUGCCA